ACCUAAAUCAACUGCGCAGCAGCCUUCUGCAUAAAAUUGUGCUUCUUCACGUCAAUUUCAAGUGAAUUUGAAAUUUUUGCAAAAGCUUCAGUGCAAAUUGUCCAUCACAAAACUCCUCAAUUUCGAUUAUUCUUUUUAUUCCUUUUCAUAAAAACCCCUAAUUUCGAUUUCAUCGAUUAUUUUUUCGUUGCUUUAUCGUGCUCGAGGUGAAAUUACACAUUUUAAUGCAAUUGUGUGCUGAUUCGUCAUCGCAGUCGUAGGAAUUCCGUCCAUGCUUGGGGGACUAACAAAGAGCGCCACGAGUUUUGGGAAAUCUUGGAGAACCGCUGCAGGAGGAUUUUCUAGAUGUUGCAACGCUUACGAAUAACGGGAGGGAAGAACUGUGUGGAGGAAAUUGAAGAAAGAUUCAGCUAUUUUCGAGCUAAAUUACCGGGACACGGAUAUGAGGAUCGAGAUCUACUCAGCGAAUCGGAAGAUUGUACUUUCCAUGAAUUAUAUCCGGUAAAUGGUGAAGCUGAAUUGCUCGCUCUGUUCGUCAGGCGCGUCGGGUAUAUUUUUCGUAGAAAUGAAAAUAUUAGUAUUUCUGGUGGGAUCAAAACAUCGCGGCGUUACUGUAAAAAAUAUCAGUCUGAGUUCGAGCUUCCCCAAGUCGAGUGGGAACGAGAAAAAAAGCAGCAGCAUGGCCGUUGCCUCAUUCGCCACUUUCAUUGUAAUCGUCGCGAAACUAAACUUGUUUUUAACCCUCUCAAACGCUUACGAAUCCAAUAGUGUGACAUUUCCAACGAUCCAAGAAAAUCGAACGGUUCGAAACGAACCACAGUUACAAUUGGGGCUGAAAAACAAAAGGACCGAUUGGUGGCCUCCGAUUCCUUUGGCCCCGCUUGAUCGGGAAGCUGCGCAGUCGAACUUCUUUCAAUACUCACCGUGGGCGCAGCUUCCGGUGCCUGCAAACUACUAUUUUUCUGCAGGACUGACCCCACCGCUGGAACAAGUACGAAGCGAACACUACGCGUAUCUCCCGGAAUACGAUUACCCUCAUUCGUCGCCAAUGGUUUCCCAAGGACCGGCGACGAGUUCUCUUGGCAUUGGUACAAAACAUCUCGCAAUCGUUAGCUUCAUCGGGCUUCUAUUACUCUUCGCCAUUAUACAAAAUUCUCUGAUGUCUGCGAAGCGUAAAGAUGCAUUAGUGGAUGCACUUACCGGUCGUAAAAAGAGAGACCUCUUCGUCACUCAGGGACUCGUGCCGAUGACUCCGGAGCAAGUGGAAAUAUUGAACGAUGACGCGCGACUGCGUUGCAUCCAGAGGACGGUUUGCCUAGAGAAUCACAGAAUAGUCGAAAACUUUGGUGUCGUUGGUCGAAAGCUCGCGAAGUAUUUGACGAACGGUGUGAAGAAAUCGGUGCAAACGGCCUCAGGCUGGGCGCGUCUCAUUGAAGACGCUGGUCAAGCUGGACUCAGGGGUGACAACUGCAACGUGCUUUAUCGGGACUGCACCACCAUCUCGAAAAUCGGAGAUGAAAAAACUCAGAAUAAAUAACAUUUUAUCGGAUUAAGACCGCGGAGACACGAAUUAUAUAUACGACGUGACGUUCACCAAUAUAGCAGCCUACAUACAUAGACAUACUCACGCUAAUAUAUUUACGUUUGAACUCCUGACCCAAAUCUACCUGUGGCUGCAUACGAGUGAAAUGGGGCCACGUAACGAAAAAUUCUCGAGUCCUAGAGCCCUGCAAUCCAAGGAGAACCGAGCACGGAAUCAUGUGCUUAACUAAAGCCGAAAAUGAGCGAGGUAUAAAAGCUAAUUUGACAGCAGCAGGUAACCGAUUAUUUGUAUAUUUUAUUCAAUAAUUCGAUAUCCGAUUAAACCGAAUCGAUUUUCGAUGAAAAUAAAUUGAGUGAGCUCAAAAUUGAUUCUCUGGA